AUGGCCAAAGUUCUUCCAUUGAUCUUUCUCUUAGUGGUUGCAGCCAUUGGAUUUGCUAAUGGGAAUGAAGUGGGAGUUUAUAAAUUGAGAAGGGGAGAUUUUUCUAUUAAAUUUACCAAUUAUGGUGCUACCAUUCUCUCUGUUAUUCUCCCUGAUAAAAAUGGGAAGUUGGGUAAUAUUGUUCUUUCUUUCCCUUCAAUUGAUGACUUUCGAAAUGAUACUACCUACUUUGGAAACAUUGUUGGACGUGUAGCAAAUAGAAUUAGAGGAGGUCAAUUUGGUAUCGAUGGUGUUUUUUAUAAACUCGCUCCUAAUGAUGGAAGGAACUUGCUCCAUGGUGGGAAGAAAGGGUUCAGAGAUGUGAUACGGAACGUGGAGAGUUAUGUGAAGGACAACCACAUUACAUUCAUCCACGACAGUUUUGAUGGCGAACAAGGGUUUCCCGGCGAUCUUCAAGUUUCAGUAACUUACAUGUUCAUAGAAACAAACAAAUUAGAAGUAAAAAUGGAAGCAAAAUCCAUAAACAAACCAACCCCAGUAAACCUGGCCCAACACUCUUACUGGAAUCUAGACGGCCAUUCAAGCGGCGACAUUCUAUCUCACAAAAUCAAACUCUUCGCCUCAAGCAUAACUCUCGUCGACACCGAGCUCAUCCCCACCGGUGAAAUCGUGCCAGUGGCUGGAACCCCUUUCAAUUUCUCAACCCCACGAGAGAUUGGGUCGCAGAUCAAGAGCGUAGUCGGCAGAUACGACAUUAAUUACGUGGUGGACGACACCGGGAGUGAUCAUUUGAAGAAAGUGGCAGAGGUUACAGGGAGAACGUCAGGGAGGAAGAUGGAGCUAUGGAGUAAUCAGCCGGGAGUUCAAUUUUAUACGGUGAAUCAGUUGAAGGAUAUGAAAGUGAAAGAAGGGGUUGUGUAUAAGGAAUAUGCAGGGCUUUGCUUGGAAACUCAGGGGUUUCCGGAUUCUGUGAAUCAUCCUAAUUUUCCUUCGCAGAUUGUGAAGCCAAGGGAGAGUUAUAAACACGUUAUGGUUUACAGGUUCACUGUUCAUCAUUCUGAUUGA